AUGUCGCAAAAUGAUUCAAAAAAUGUUGAUGCAAUUGAUAUGAGCAAGAAAACGUAUAAAAAGGAGGUGGCAAAACAACGACAAAUUAAAAGAAUGAGAAAAAUGAAGGUAGGUUACUGUAAAGGCUAUAGUGUCUAUAAUAAAAUGUAAAUUUUGAAGCUUCGAGAUCGUCAAGAUGAUGUUCGAAUCAGUGAUGUUUCGGAUAUGAGUGUAAAUUUGGAAGAAGUUCAAAAAGAAGAUAAUCAAGCAGAUUGGCUGAAUGAUUUGGUGAAAACUGAGCCAAAAAAUGAGUCAUCAGUUCCGCCAGCUAAAAGUUCGAGUCAGGAUGAUAUACGCUGUACCGCUGAAUUGCCAAGAUCAAAAUCUCCAGUUUUACCAAAAGAAGGCGGAUUUUGUGCAGGUUUCUCUUGCAUUUGGCAAUUUAUCAAGAAUAAUCGCGUAAGUUAUCACAUCUCGUUGACAAUAAAUCCGAAAAUUCUGAUUUUUCCUACAGAAAACCACAAUUCUCUCCGUUUCUGCUAUUGUUCUUGCAAUUCUUUGGAAAAUACGUAAUUGA